ACGUAAGCCUCUUGUUUUCUACUUCUAUGGUCACAGAUGGGACUUCCUCUUUUGUCGCAGCAUAAACAAGACUUUUGUAGUUGCAAAUGUAAGCAAGGUCAGUUUUAAAUAACGGUGUGGAACUGCGGCUGGAAUAUUUUGCUAGGAUAUGUGUGCCUAGGUUCCUGCUCCGCCAGAAUGGUCUCCUACAAGCUCCUGACCCCGGAAGACGUGUACUUGACUGCCCCUGCCCCUGCUGAGGCCAGGAGGGAGGAGACGCCCCCAGAGAGCCCGGGCAGCCAGAAGAAAGGCGUGUGCUCCACGUCCAAAGCCUUCGUAGGCCUCGGCACGUUUCUCUUUGCGCUGGGCUGCUCGUGGCUCGUCGGCACCAUCUUUUGGCUGAAGUAUCCUGGCAGUGAGCUUCCCGCUCGGGCCCCAUCCCCUUCCCCGGCUGCGGGCGCAGCGAGUGGGGAGGCGGACCCCGAUACUUGCCGGGCGAUCCCCGAGAGCCACCGGUUUGAUUGCUACCCAGAAAGUGGCGUGGUGGUGACGAGGGAGCUGUGUGAGGCCAGGAACUGCUGUUUCAUACAGGUCUCUGCUGAGCCCCCUCCCGCCAAGAAUGGCGUUCCUUGGUGUUUUUACCCUCCCAGUUUCCCCACUUACACUCUGGAUAGUUUAAACGACACCACACUAGGGUAUAUAGGGCAACUGACAAAGAAGGAGAAGACCCAUUAUCCACGAGAUAUUGAGACCCUCCAGCUCGAUGUCAUGUACGAGACAGAUUCCAGACUGCACGUAAAAAUUACAGACAAAUCUGGUCCUCGCUUCGAAGUUCCUCUCUCUGUGCCUCUGGCCACACAAAAGGCCUCAAACCCUGCUUAUACAGUGCUAUUCUCCAAGACGCCAUUUGGCCUGAUAGUAACAAGGACAUCAACAGGAACAGUGCUAAUAAACACGACGGUGGCCCCAUUGUUCUUCGCGGAGCAGUUCCUGCAGAUGUCCACGGCUCUGGCCUCGCGGUACGUCUAUGGCCUUGGGGAGCAUCGCGCUGGCUUCCUCCACAGCGUCGAGUGGAACACCCUGACGCUGUGGGCUCGGGACGUGCCUCCCAUGGAACUGACUAACUUAUAUGGAGUUCAUCCAUUCUACCUGGGCAUCGAGCCAGGCGGAUCUGCACAUGGAGUUUUCCUCUUGAACAGCAAUGCCAUGGAUGUUGCACUUCAGCCUGCUCCAGCUCUGACCUGGCGGACCAUCGGAGGAAUCCUGGAUAUUUAUAUCUUCUUGGGUCCUGAUCCCAACUCUGUUGUUCAGCAGUACUUGGAAGUUGUAGGGGUCCCAGCGAUGCCAGUCUACUGGGCGUUAGGCUUUCACCUCUGUCGCUGGGGAUACAAGACGAGUAAUGGCACCUGGGACGUAGUCAAGGCAAUGAGGAACUAUGGGAUACCCCAG